AGUGUUAAGAAUCAUCCCAUUGAAGAUCAAAUACUGAAAUAAUUUUUUGGCUGAAUAAAUAAAUUCUAGCGGUGAACUUGUGAGGUUUUAAGUGACGUUCUGAGAAAGUUUUAACAAUGAGUGGAUCAGGAAAAGGUCUGUUGGGGAUGUGGUUGUAUCGAAGAGGUGAAGAAUGGUCUAUCAAAGAAGGUAGCCCUAUACAUAGACCAAAUGAUAUGUCAAGAGUCGAGAAAGUAGAAGAUUCAGAUUCAAGGAAUUCUGUGAUUUUUUCGUUAAAAAAUCAGAUCGGUGGAUUAGCUCGAGCUCUACAAGUAUUUCAAGAUUUGGGUGUAAAUGUUGUUCACAUUGAGUCAAGAAAAUCAGUGAGACGUGGUUCCGAAUAUGAGAUUUUGGUGGAUGUUGAGUGUGAGCCAAAAAGGAUGGAACAACUUACUAGAAUGUUAAGCCGUGAAGUAGCUGCAAUUAAUCUUUCUCAGUAUGAACAGAGUGGCAACAUACCUUCUCUUCCUCCUUUAUCUGCUGCACCGAGUUUUGAUUUUGGUGAAGUUGACAUGUUAUGGUUCCCACGAAAAAUAGCAGACCUUGAUCAAGCACAAAAGGUUUUAAUGUAUGGAAAUGAGCUUGAUGCUGAUCAUCCUGGAUUUAAGGAUCCAGUUUACCGGAAACGUCGACAACAAUUUGCUGAUAUUGCUAACAAUUUUAAACAUGGACAACCCAUCCCACGGAUCCAGUAUACUCCUGAAGAAAUAAAGACUUGGGGAACAGUCUUUCGUGAGCUUCAUCAACUCUAUGUCAAGCAUGCUUGUAAAGAGUAUUUAGAAAAUUGGCCAAAGUUGGUUAAAUAUUGUGGUUACCGGGAAGAUAACAUACCUCAACUUCAAGACAUCUCCAACUUUCUAAAACGAAUGACAGGUUUCCAAUUACGUCCAGUGGCAGGAUAUUUAUCCCCACGUGAUUUUUUGGCUGGAUUAGCUUUUCGAGUAUUCCACUGUACUCAGUACAUUCGUCAUUCAUCAGAUCCAUUCUACACUCCUGAACCUGAUUGUUGCCAUGAGCUUUUAGGCCACAUGCCUCUUCUGGCAAAUCCAAGUUUCGCUCAGUUUUCUCAAGAACUUGGAUUAGCAUCCUUAGGAGCAUCUGAUGAUGAUAUAAAUAAAUUAGCAACGCUUUACUUCUUCACGGUUGAGUUCGGACUCUGUAAACAAGACGGUGAUCUUCGAAUUUAUGGAGCAGGAUUACUUUCAUCUGUAGCUGAAAUGAAACAUGCAAUUGAAGCAAAAGACAAGAUAUUCAGAUUUGAGCCUGAAAUUACAUGCAAACAAGAAUGUAUCAUUACUGCUUAUCAAAAUGCUUAUUAUUACACUGACAGCAUUGAAGAAGCAAAAGAAAAAAUGCGGACUUUUGCCAAUCAGAUCCAUCGUCCUUUUGGUGUUCGUUACAAUGCGUAUACUCAGUCAGUAGAAGUUUUAACAGAUGCUCAGAAAAUUACAGCUCUAGUCAGUGAACUUCGUGGUGAUCUGUGCAUUGUUUCUAAUGCUUUGAAAAAAAUACAUGAACAAGAUGAUACCGUAGAUGUUGAAAAAAUAACCAGUCUUUUAACUCAAGGUAUCAAUUUACCUCAUGAUUCGUCUUCUGAAAGCGAUGAUGACAAAAGCCCUAACAUUGAAAAUGAAAUGAAAACAAUUGACAACUAAAUAAAAAUCAUUUGU